AUGACUUGGGGUUUCAGACUAUCUUUGGAGAAGAUGGCUCUGUCAGAAUUCGGUGCACAAAGGAAGCCAAGUAGAGGAAAUACUGUAGGAAAAGUUUUAAAGGUAGAUAAAACUACCUCAACGGGUGAUAGAGGAAAGUUUGCUAGGAUUUGUGUUGAACUUGACUUAUCCAAGCCUUUGAGGGGAGAAUAUAUCCUGGAGGAAGAAGUCUUCAAGGUGGAAUAUGAAGGACUGUAUUUGAUUUGCCUCCAAUGUGGCAAAUACGACCAUAAUACAGAAAAAUGUCCAGAAAUGAUGAAAUCGGUUGAGGUUAAUAAUAAGCAGGAAUCCUUGCCAGAAGUAGCCAAGCCUUCAUGUAGUCAAGGAGUGCGCCCCUGGAUGGUGGUGCAGAAGAAAAAAUUUAUAAAGUAUCAACCUCCAAAGAAGUAUAAAGGAUUAGAGGGGAGAACAUUUGGAGAUGAUAUCUCCAAUAAGAAGAAUAUCAGUCAGCAAAAUAAAGCUACAGUGAAUAAUAUGGGUCCAGCUACUUCAAAAAGAAAAAGCUCUACUUCAACAGAGCUCCCUUCGUCUAGUACAAUCAUCAGACAGGUAGAGCAGAAACAGGACCCUAUUCUCCCAACUGAACUGGUUUGUUGCUCUGGUAAUGAGACCUCUUCUAAUGAGGUGGAAAAGGAACUUUGUUCUAAAAUCUCCACAACCAAGACCAGUGGAAAUUCUGUUCCAUCCUCUAAGUGUGAUUUAUGUGUAGUGGAAGAAGAGACCUCAGACAUGGAAAUUGGGAGUUCGUUUUUGCUUACUGUAGUCUGUGCAAAUCCCAGGGAGGAAAUUUGUGAGGCUGUCUGGACAGAUCUCAAGAGAAUAAGUGAUAAUGUGGUGGGGCCUUGGGUCAUGAUGGGAGAUUUUAAUGAAAUAGCAUAUGUGAAAGAGAGAAUAGGGGGUUCCCCUGUCAAUGUUAUUAAAUGCCAGAAAUUCUCAAAACUUCUAAAUGAUUGCAACACAAUGGACCUGGGUUGUAGAGGUUCUGAUUUCACCUGGAAGGGUCCCAAGUGGCUUCAUCUUGAUAGGGUCUAUAAGAGGCUUGAUCGCAUUUGUGCUAAUGCACAGUGGAGAACAGCUUUUGGAGAAGCUGUUGUUAAAUCCCUGCCUCGCCUAAACUCAUAUCAUAAUCCUCUUCUCCUAACUUUGUUUCCCAAAGAGUCUUCCUGGAAAGAGAGGCCUUUUAGAUUUCUGGUGUCCCGGCAAGAUCACAUAACCUUCUCCCUCCUUCUCAAGUUUAUUUGGAACUCUUACCGCAAGAUAAACCUUAGCCUGAUGGAGCUGAUUGAACCUCUAAAGUCUUGGAAUAAAAGAGUAUUUGGGUGUAUCCAAUUUAGAAAAGAGUAUCUCCUCAAGAAGCUUCAAGAGACUCAAUUGAACAUCUCUUGUCAAUUGGAUCAAUCUCCAUCUGACCUGGACAAGGCUCUCCAGGAUGAGCUCAACCGAGUGUUGGAGCAAGAAGAAGCUUUUUGGUUUCAAAAGGCGAGAUGUAAACGUAUAGCAGAUGGAGACCGUAAUACAAGAUUCUACCACACCACCACUAUUAUCAGGAGAGCUAGGAAAAAAAUUCUUGAGUUAAGGAAUGAUGAUGGUCAUCUAGUGAGAGAAGAAGACAAUCUGAUUGAGCUUAUUCACUCUUUCUUUAACAACUUAUUCUUAGAGGAAGACUACAACAGACCCUAG